AUGACACCCUGGCUGCUCCCCCUGCUGCUGCUGCUCCUGGCGGGGCCCCCCGCCGUGCGGCCUGCGCCCCCGACCUGCUACUCCAGGAUGCUGGGCCUGAGCCGGGAGAUCACGGGGGACUUCCAGAGCCUGCAGGCCACGGAGCUCUCGGAGCCGUGUGUGAGAUACCUGCCCAGGCUGUACCUGGAUAUACAUAACUACUGUGUGCUGGCCAAACUGCGGGACUUUGUGGCAUCGCCCCAGUGUUGGCAAGUGGCCCAGGUGGACGUCCUGAAGGACAAAGUGCGGAAACUGUACACCAUCAUCAACUCCUUCUGCAGGAGGGACCUGGUGUUCCUGUCGGAUGACUGCAGUGCCCUGGAGUACCCCGUGCCAGCGACCACAGUCCUGCCAGACCGCCAUGGCUGAGGUGGCCCCGGCCGGAGAGGGAGCCCAGGGGGACCGAAUUGUCAGCUGCCACGACACAUGGGCUAUCGCCAUGGUCCCCUCGGGUCCCCCGUUGCUGCAGCCUCUCAGAUGUCACGCGUCUCCCCACGGCUGGGGAGCAGGGCUGGGCCCCGACCCUGGGACCUGCCCUGAGCCUACUAGAGGCCUCGCCUUACUCCCAGCGCUCGGCUCGCCGGGGGUCACCCGCUUAUUUGUUCACACUGAGAGGGGAGGGACAAACCUGCCUCUCUCUUCUGAACAGCUAGCCUGAGCACCAGCACAAGAACGUGUUUGUGGUGCCCC